AUGCGACAAUUGAAGCAUCAUGAGCAGCGUCUGCUCAAGAAGCACGACUUUCUGAAUUGGAAGAGCGAUGCGAAUGAGCGCGAGGUGAAGGUGAUGCGCCGCUACCAUAUCCAGGACCGAGACGACUAUCAUCGCUACAACAAGCUUUUGGGAAGGAUACGACACUUGGCUCUUCGCUUAUCCACGCUGCCAGCUCAGGACCCUUUUAGGCACGCCAAAGAGGAGAGCCUGCUUGCGAAGCUGUACGAUAUGGGCUUGCUGACUACUGGUGCCAAGAUGAGCGACGUGCUCGAGAAGCUCAACGUUUCUAGCUUCGCUCGAAGGAGAUUGCCGGUGGUCAUGGUCGGGCUCAAAAUGAGCGAAACGGUGAAACAGGUAAGUCUACCACCGAGCAGGAUUCGUAUCAGACUGCUACGUGUCCUGGUAAACUUGAUGCGAUGUCGCUCGUGCUUACAGCAUCACUGCUCUCUGUCCGUCGCUACAGGCUGUAGAGCAUGUAGAGAAAGGCCAAGUCAGGGUUGGCACAGAUGUCAUCACAGACCCAGGUGUGUGGCGCGAUCCGAUUCUCCUCUUGCGCGUCUGGCGCCUGAAUCCAGCACUGACUCUCGAGGCUGAUCUUUCCCUUGCACUGACCGCAGCCUUUGCAGUCACGCGGAAUUUGGAAGACUUGUAAGUGGUGAACCGUUCACCAGCAUUUGUGGAACCCCUCGACGCCCCGGAACGCAUGCAUGCUCACACCACUCGCGUGUUCCUCUUACCGCUUCCUUUUGUGCAGCGUCUCGUGGGUGGAUCAGUCUGCCGUCAAGCGCACCAUCAAGAAGUACAGCGGGGAGCUGGACGACUUUGACCUUUUGUGA